AUGAUGAAAGACUGCAUUAAGUAUUCCAAAGGAUGUGAAGCUUGCCAAAGACAUGGACCAAUUCAGCAAGCUCCCUCAGUUCCCAUGAAUCCUGUGGUUAAACCGUGGCCUUUCAGAGGAUGGGCAAUGGAUCUCAUUGGCAAAAUCUAUCCAGCCAGCAGCAAACAACAUUGUUUAAUCAUUGUGGCUACAGACUAUUUCACCAAGUGGGUAGAAGCCAAGCCUAUUAAAUCUACUACAUCUCAAGAGAUCAUCACCUUCAUAGAAGAACUGAUUAUACAAAGAUUUGGUAUCCUAGAGUCAAUCACAACUGACAGGGGAUCUUCUUUCAUAUAUGGGGAAAUGCUAGAUAUGGCAGAAGCAUUCAAGUUCAAACUACUUCAAUCUACCCCUUACUAUGCUCAGGCUAAUGGACAGGCAGAAUCAAGUAACAAGGUGAUCAUCAACAUUAUCAGGAAAAUGCUUGAGAAAAAUCCAAAGCAGUGGCAUGAGAAAUUAUCAAAAACUCUCUGGGCAUAUAGAACUUCAAAGAGAGAGGCAACUGGUAUGACCCCAUAUGCUCUAACUUAUGGUCAUGAUGCAAUUCUGCCUAUGGAAAUAGCAGUCCAAUCUCUCAGAAUUGCUCAGCAACACAAUCUGAUUGGAGAAGACUAUUCUCAAGCAAUGCUGCUAGAACUAGAAGGUUUUAAUACCAGCAGAAUUGACACUCUCAACAAACUCUUAGCAGGAAAGCAGGCUAUAUCAAGGGCCUACAACAAAAGAGUUAAAAACAAGAGUUUUGAGGAAGGAGAAAUAGUCUGGAAACAAUUCUGCCCCUUGGAACACACAUAG